AUGGCCGACACGACGGUGAUCGCCGUCGAUCAUCCGCCGCUUACGACCGACGACUACGACUUGGGGCUCUCAGUGCCACCCUUGGACACCGAUUUCUUCGCUCAAGGCGACGGCCAAAACGACGCCGUCGUCGAUGACUUCGAUUUCGAUUUCUCCUUCGAUGAUCUCUACCUUCCUUCUCCCGAUGAGCUCGACGACCUCCUUAACCCCUCCCAAAUUCAGGAACUCGCUCCGCAUGUGGAUCAGUUUCCAGUCCAUAUUCUCGGCGAGGGCUGUAAUUUGGGCGAUAUUAGCUCGGAUGACGCCGGAAUUUCGAAUUCCGGUUCACCUGGAUUGGAGCCUCAUCUGAGUGUGCCGUCGCCCGAAUCGAACGGAUCAAAUCACGAAACCCCAGAGAAUUGCAGCGAUGACGUGAAAGUGACGAGUUGGCCCUCCCCUGAAUCUAGGGGUUCGGACAUUUGCGGUUCUAAUGUUUCCAAGGAGUCAAAAAAUUGCAUUAACCGAUCAGUGGAUUUCUCUCCCAACCCUAAUAAUAAUUCCAUGUCCCAUAAAACUGUUAUGGCCAAUCAGAAGGCCAAGUCGGAGGAGCUUUCGAAAAUGAAAAUCCGUAGCUCCUCGUUGAAAAGGAAAAAGGACAGUGAGAAUCCCGAGAACAGCAACAGCAGCAACAGCAAUGGUGUGUUAAGCGAAGAAGAUGAGAAAAGGAAGACGAGGUUGAUGAGGAACAGGGAGAGUGCACAGCUAUCGAGACAGAGGAAAAAACACUAUGUUGAGGAGUUGGAGGAGAAAGUGAAGACGAUGCAGUCUACCAUUCAAGACUUGAACACGAAAGUAGCUUACUUUAUGGCCGAAAACACCACUUUGCGGCAACAAAUGGGCGGCAAUGUUUCGGCUCCACCUCCCGGAAUGUAUCCUCCUCCGGCCAUGAUGAUGUAUCCAUGGAUGCCUUGCCCGCCUUAUGUGACAAAGCAAGGAUCUCAAGUUCCCUUAGUGCCGAUCCCAAGGUUGAAGCCACAGCAGCCGGUUCAAGUGCCGCCGAAGGCCACCAAGAAGGUGGAGAACAAGAAAGGCGAACGGCCAACAAAGACUAAGAAGGUUGCUAGUGUUAGUUUCCUGGGUAUACUCUUUUUCUUCAUGCUGUUUGGGUGCUUGGUCCCGAUUUUCAACGUGAGAUAUGGAGGAGUGAGGGAUUCAUUGACUAUCGGGGGAAGUUCUGAUGGGGUUUUUGAGGAACAUCAUAAUGGGAGGGUUUUGAUGGUGAAUGGAACCAGGAGUCGUGAUAAUGGGACUGAACCACUUGUUGCGUCACUGUAUGUCCCGAGAAAUGAUAAACUUGUGAAGAUAGAUGGCAAUCUGAUUAUACAUUCAGUGCUGGCGAGCGAGAGGGCCGUUUCUUCUAGUGGAGACACUGCUCUUGCAGUUCGUGGAGCGUUGGGUCCCACUGUUCGUGUUCCAGAGCUUAGGGCUAUUGGGUCUGGCUCGGCAGACAGGGUCGGGAGGAAGCUGAGCGCAACUGAUGGCAAGAUACAACAGUGGUUCCAGGAGGGGCUUGCUGGGCCAAUGUUGAGCACCGGCAUGUGUACCGAAGUUUUCCAGUUUGAUAUUUCUUCAGCUUCAGGAGCCAUAGUCCCAGCCACACAGAACAUAACCCAAGGGCAUAACCGUAAUUCCACUCAACUUACCCGGGCCGCUAGGAACCGAAGAAUCCUUCGUGGCCUCCCUAUUACACAUUCCGAAUCCACUCACAAUAUUUCUAAACGAAGCUCAGGAGAAAAAAACCCACACGAACAAGGAUUGAAUGGAAAUAAUUCUGUCUCGCCGAUGGUUGUUUCUGUUCUUGUCGAUCCUCGAGAGGUCGGUGGUGAUGCUGACGUGGACGGCGUGAUCAAAUCAAAGUCCCUUUCUCGGAUAUUUGUGGUCGUGUUGAUCGACAGCGUUAAGUACGUUACGUACUCAUGUGGGCUCCCAUUUAAGGGGUCCCCACAUCAUUUGGUGACUACUUAG